AUAAUGUGAAAAUUCGAUGUAGUUACGUAAAAUUGUGACAUAUUCGAAUUUUAUAAAUAUAGACGUCAUCAAUGGAUUUUUACCGAUUCUCUAUUUUAAAAUUUAUGAUAUAAUAUUUAGUUAAAUUAGCAGCACAUUCCUUAAAAUAUAUUUUAUAAACAUUUACCUUGCUUUUUCUAAAAACAUGGAGAACGAUGGGGUUUUGACUUCUGAACCCAUUAAAGUUGACGAGUUUACAAAACCUCUUGAAGGUACUUCUGAAGAAUCCAUCUCUCUGUCUGACGGCGGGAUCCGUGAGGCGACUGAAGCUGAGAUAUUAGAUAGUCUUGGUGAAGAGGAGAAUUUGAUAUCGAGCUGGUUUAGUUCUUUUUGGGUCUCUUCUCAUGAUACGAACGGGGAAGUGUCUGAUAAGGACGAUCCCGAGUUUGCUCGUUUCAAGCAAGGAUUACUUGAUAGUUUAAAUAACGGAUCAACACCAGAACCUAUUAGUCAAAUAUCAAAAGAUAAUUCAAUUUGGUUGAUGGGUGUUUGUUAUGAAGUCAGUGGUGAUCGUAAUUCAAGUGAAUCUAACGGUUCUUUCUAUGAAGGAUCACAUUAUUAUUACACUACACCCGGAUCUUUUCCGCAUCUUUCAAUGCAACAACAGACAUUAUCGCCAACUAAUUUCCCAGCUGAAUUUUAUCAAGAUUUUACUUCACGGAUAUGGUGUACAUAUAGACACAAUUAUGCACCUAUAAAACCAACACACUUUACAAAUGAUGGAGGAUGGGGUUGUAUGUUAAGGUCAAGUCAAUCAUUGCUUGCAAAUGCUUUAAUAAUUCAGUUUUUGGGCAGAGAAUGGCGAAGAAUAAAUAGAGGUGAAGAUUCAUGGGAUAGAUAUGUAGAGAUUCUUGCAUGGUUUAUAGAUGACAUGUCAUCACGAUGCCCCUUUUCCGUUCAUCGUGUCGCUCUAUUAGGUAAACAACUUGGAAAGAAUAUUGGUGAAUGGUUUGGUCCUCUAACCGCCUCCCAAGUUAUAAAAGCUUUGGUAGAAGAUUAUUCAGCCGCACAAUUAAGUGUACACGUUGUAACAGAUGGAGUAGUAUAUAAAAAUGAAGUAUACAAGGUAGCAAAAAAUAAUCGAUCUGGAAGGGAUUUUUUUCAGUCCGUUUUGAUUCUCGUCUCCACACGGUUGGGAACCGAUAACCUCAAUCCAAAAUAUUAUGAUGCUUUAAAGGCUUAUUUUAGAUUUCCACAUAGUGUAGGAAUAGCCGGAGGAAAGCCGUCUUCUUCGUAUUACUUUAUUGGAACACAAGGAGAUGACUUAUUUUAUCUUGAUCCACAUCAUUCAAGGCCAGCGUUAGAAUUGAAAGCCAUACAAGAAUUCACUGAAGAAGAAAUGGCAACUUUUCAUUGUGAUACAUUACGUAAAAUACCAAUUUCACAAUUGGAUCCUUCCAUGUUGCUGGGAUUUUAUUGUCAGAAUAGUGAAGAAUUUGAGAAUUUUUGUAAUCUCGUUGAAGAGAUCAGCAAAGAUCACAUGCCUGUUUUUACUAUUGAACAAGAAGAACCAGUUUAUAACAGUGACGUGGAUUUCAUUUCAGAAGAUGAUGAGCUAGGUAAUUCUGAAAAGGAAGAAGAGGAUAUAGUAGAUGUAGCUGAAAAUGAAGCAGAAUUGUGAAAAAAAUAUAUAAUUCAAAACAAAUAAUUCAAAAUUUUCUAAAAAAAAAAAAUGUAUUUAAUAAUGUCAAUAAUAAUGAUUAUAAUUAGUUAUCUUUCCAAAUUAUUGUGUCAAAUUUUUUUAUAUAUGUAUUAUUUUGUUAUUAUUAUUAUUUUUUAAUAGAUUUUCGAGUUAAUCUAUAAAUCUAAAGUGAUAUUGAUUCACGUGAUAUUUAAAUUGUGGUAAUAAAAAAUUUUUCCACUUUAAUUUCAAGUGGUAUUCCUUAUUUAAA